AUGGAACUCAUCGAGCUGCGGGAGCUGCAGCCGGAGCCGCGGCCGGGCCGGGGCCGCCUGGAACGGGCCAACGCUCUGCGCAUCAGCCCGGCCCGCCGGCCCGGCCCCGGAGCGCAUCCCGACCCGCGGCUGACGGCGGCACCGGGCGGCGGGCACCGCUUCGAGCCGCGGCGCCGCGGGCUGCACACCUGGUGCGAUCUCUGCGGGGACUUCGUCUGGGGCGGCGGCAGGAAGAGCCUCCAAUGCCGCCACUGCAGCUUCACCUGCCACUACCGGUGCCGGGCCCUGGUGCGGUUGGACUGCAGUGGCCCCCCGGGUGCCAGCGAUGAGGAUGAUGGCAACGAGCAGGUGCUGGAGAAGGACACCAACGUGGAUGAGCCCAGCGAGUGGGAGAAGACAGAGCUGGACCAGACGCAGGUGGAGCAGCGGAUUAAGGAGUACAACAGCCAGAUCAACAGCAACCUCUUCAUGAGCCUGAACAAGGACGGCUCCUACACCGGCUUCAUCAAGGUGCAGCUGAAGCUGGUGCGCCCCGUCUCAGUGCCGGCCACCAAGAGGGGCCCCGCCCUGCAGGCGGGGCGGCCGCACAGCCAGGGCGUGAAGCGCCGAACCUCCUUCUACCUGCCCAAGGGCACCGUGAAGCACCUGCACAUCCUGUCGCACACCCGUGCCAGCGAGGUCAUCGACGCCCUCCUCCGCAAGUUCACUGUCGUUGACAACCCCCGCAAGUUUGCCCUCUUCGAGAGGUCUGAGAAGGAUGAGCAAGUGUACCUGCGGAAGCUGGGUGACGAGGAGCAGCCCCUGCGGCUGCGGCUGCUGGCCGGCCCCAGCGAGAAGGUGCUGAGCUUCGUCCUGAAGGAGAACGAGACCGGGGAGGUGAACUGGGACGCCUUCACGCUGCCGGAGCUGCAAAACUUCCUGCGCAUCCUGCAGCGGGAGGAGGAGGAGCACGUGCGGCGGCUGCAGCACCGCUACGCCCGCUGCCGCCAGAAGAUGCAGGAGGCGCUGGCCACACGCACGCCGGGGUGACCACGACGCCCGCGCCCGAGGCCAGCCAGUGCACCGGGACUCUUGUCCGCCGGCGGGUGGGGGCACCGGGGAGGGGGGUGGAACGGGGCACC